AGUACGACAAGCAACAUGUCUGCGCCCUCAGGAACUUGCCAAAUUUCGAGAUUGUGUGCAGUGUCCAGAAUUAGAAAUAAAAUUAUAGCCACAGAUUGGUCACUAUUAGAUAAGUGACGACGGAAAGUCAUAGGACAACCUGUUAAAACUGUUGUUUUUCACAAGCACCCUAAAAAAGGUGCAGGUUAAAAGCAACAGUACUGCGUCAUAGCAAAUUUUAACUCUGCUGAAUGCUAAGUAUCAUAACAAUUUAUAUGGUAAAUGUGAAUAUGAAUGUAAUAAUAAAUCGGCUGUUAUCAAGUCAUGUACGAUGCUGUGGAAAAAUUAUCAAACCAUGUGAUCAUCCUAUAAAUUAUGCUACAGAAUAUUAUAGUUUGAAACAGAAAAGGUCGCUAACUACUGUUUCAAAAUCGAGAAUUGAGAACAAUCUACAUCGAAAUAUUUUCUCUCAGAAAUUUAGAAUUCCCAGAAGUUAUGGUGAAGAAAGUAGGUGUAAUAAGUUUACUCAGCAGUACAAUCGUUUGCUUAGCACGUCUCCUGAUCCAGAUAUCGCAUUUAGCAAUCCGUCAGUAUCUAAGCGAAUAGACAUAAUUAUGAAAGAAUAUAGCAAGCUCCAAGCAAAGGUUUUAUCAGGUGAUUUAGCUGAAGAGGAUGAUGCAAUACAAAAGGAAAUCAUGUCCAGACUUAACAGCUUACAGCCAUUGAUUGAAGUAGGAUUGAACAUGCAAGAGAAGAGAAAAGAGCUACUGGAUUUAAAUACACUAAUAGCAGAUAGUGCAACAGAUAGUGAGAUGAUGUGUGCUGCCUUGGAGGAGAAAAACUCAUGUGAAGCCGAAAUUCGAAAGCUGGACGAACAGGUUAUUGAGCUUUUAUUACCUAACGAAACCUUGGACGACAAUGACAUUAUAUUGGAGGUUAGUGCUGGGAUUGGAGGGCAAGAGGCCAUGCUAUUCGCCCAAGAUAUGUUUCUACUGUAUGAAAACUAUGCCGCAGAAAUGGGCUGGAGCUUUGACAUCUACGAACAUGUACACACCGAGAUUGGUGGCCUCAGGCGAGCAAGUGCUGGUAUAAGCGGGCAGUGUGCUUACAAGCAUCUAAAGUUUGAGAGUGGUGUGCACAGGGUUCAGAGAGUGCCAAAAACUGAGAAAGCUGGCAGGAUACACACCAGCACAGUGACUGUAGCCAUCAUGCCACAACCCAAAGAGAUUGAUAUAGUCAUUCAUCCAAAAGAUAUCACGAUCGAGUGUACUCGGUCUAGUGGAAAGGGUGGCCAGAGUGUCAACACUACAGAUAGCUGUGUACGCAUAGUUCAUAAACCAACAGGAGUUGUAUCAGAGUGUCAGACCGAACGUUCUCAGAUGCAGAAUAGAGAGAGAGCCAUGAAAGUGUUACGUACAAGACUGUACAAUGUUAAAGUUGAAAAACAGCAAGAAGAAGAGCGAUCUCAUAGAAAACUUCAGGUUGGGUCAAAAAGCCGAUCGGAGAAGGUGCGGACGUACAAUUACCAGCAAGAUCGCAUCACAGACCACAGGAUCGGUGUGAACCGGUUUCAUAUCCCAGAGUUCAUGUCAGGUGGUAGCAAGUUCCACGACCUUGUCUUGGCUCUGCUCGAGGCAGACAGACGGGAACGACUCGUCGAACUCUUAGAGAAAGCUAAUAAUCCAAAUGAGAGAUCUUGAUGUAAGGCUAUAUGCUUAGGAAGAUUGUGCUUGAAAAUUGAGUUGAGGACACGCCACAUUACAGCACCUGUUUGUGGGCGUCAGGAUCCACAUAAAUUCCGUGUAGUUGAAAGUAUUAUUCAUACAUAAAACGAAUAUCUCAAA